AUGAUUUUCAAGUUCUCAAAGUCUGACAUGCUCAACUCAGCUCUGGUUUACCCAGAGACUGGUUCUCUCGCAUACACCAUCCUCACUCGUUCUCACUACAUCCGUGCCAAUGAACAAGAAGAUAAGGACACCGAGGUCGAUGCCGCAGAGACUCGGAGAACAAUCAUCCUCAACAAGGAGGGAAAUGUAGUGGCAGAGAUUGGUUGGAAGGGUAGGCAGCCCGUGGAGAUCGUCAUUGGAAAUGAGAAAGUGGUUGGUGCCAGAGGCAUGUUUGGUUGUUCGAGUGCAAUACUUUCAACUGGUGUUUUUGGUAUACCCACUCGCUUUGAUACAGAAUAUUUUUGGAUGGCCGCGCCUGAUGCUUUGACUCUCCUCGAUUAUGACGCCGAUCAAGUAAAAGGGCAGUUUCAUUUCAACAGUAUUCGUGUCGGCGACCGCUUUAUCCCUACGCACUUACAUGGGGUGGGCAACGACUACCUCGAAUUCGAUCCACAUUCUCUGGCCUCAACCGAAGAGCUCAUAGUUACUUUUAUUCUAGUGGAAAUUCUCCGACGAGGUCGCUUCAAUCUCACGCCUUACGUCUUCGAUCGUCCCAAGCUAUGGUCAGGCGCACAUCUAGCCAGUCUCGGUCGGCGAUUGCGGCGAAGAUCAAUAUGAGGUUGCACUCAAUCAAUAGCCCUUUCUACCGUCAUUUUGUAUGGAUACCUACCAUUGAGUUUCUCUUUAUCCUUUGCUUUGCGACACAUGCGCCCUCUGUAGCCUCUACCUUGACCCCUCGACCCCACUUUCUUUUCGUGUAUCUUUGCUUUGAUCGAUUUAACUACCCCUCAGAUUAUCUGAGCUUCACACUCGUUUCUUUCGUUCUAUUCCUCCCUGUUAUCGUUUGGAUUGGUUGUUUUUUUUAGAGAUUCUAGUUUCGACCCAACACAACUAUAAUCUGUUGGCAUGUACUGUACCUUACUGAUAGCCUCUAAAGUCGGCUUAUGAAUGGAAAUGUUUGAUCGUGAUCA